AUGCACGAUUCCAAGCAUCUGAAGUCCCGCCACCGCCACCGCCACCGCGAACCGCCGCAACAACCCCGCCGCCACUGGUGCUGCUCUUUCACCGUCCCACCCCUCAGCCCCGACAACCCGCCCCUUUCAAACUCCCACGCCUCGUCCUCCUGUAAUAAAAAGGCCGAGAUAUCUUCCUCUUUCUCCUCCCCUCCGACCCAGAAGCCCACCCCUCUCGCCCGCCGGAUUCUCUCCCCGGGUCGGGUCUCCCCCAUUUCCGACCACCCCGUGACUACUCAAAGCAUCCCCCAAAAGCAAGCUCUUCCUAAAUCUCCCUUGUCCCCUGCCACAAUUGACUCGGAAAUCACCGCCGCGGAGGGCAGUUUUGGGGUUUUUGACGCGAGGUUGAGUCUGAAGGGGAAGAACGGGGGAUCCUUGGUUCUGGAGCUUGCUUCGGAGGUUUUGACCGCCAACAGCCUUGUGUUUUCCGACUUGGUUGCUGAUCAUUGCAAGAACAAGAGCGGAUUGUGUAGGAUCCAAGUGCCGGAUGUCGAGAAUUUGGAUGUCUUUCGUGAAACAAUUGAACUCAUGUUCGAGGAGGAUAUUUCCAAGAAGCUCCUCAAGAUUGGGGUGUUUAGGGCUAUCGAUAUACUUGAGGUCUCGGCAGGGAUUAAGUUUUACAGGGGUGUUUCUUCGUGUCUAAAUUACAUCGAGGCAGUACCUUGGACAGAGGAAGAAGAGAAGAAGCUGCGAGACUUGUUUGGUAAAAUAAAAAUCGAUGACGCUAAAACUGUGGAUAUUUUAGAUAGACUUCUAACUAAUCUUAAUGAUAAUGCCAUCGACGCCCAACAAACUCUGACUAAGCAGCUUAUUUGGUCCGUUACCACCGGCACGGAUGCCAAUGCGAAAAACGAGCUCAAGUCCUUGGUCAAAGGCCUAUUGUGCAAAAGCUUGGUCAACGGGCAAAAUCAUCCUGACGUGAACAAGGAGGAUGUGCUCGCCGCGUCCCAUUCGUGUCUUGGCUCGCUCACGUGCCUGCUCGAGGAGGCCUUUGGUGCCGACACGUGUCAGAAGGACGUUAAAAGAGGAAAUGACGAUAAACCCCUGGUGGAGCGGAUCUCGACGCAGGUCGACAACCUUAAUUGGCUUCUCGAGAUCCUUCUCGGCCGGCAGAUUGCGGAGGACUUUGUGGGAGUGUGGGCAGAUCAAGAAAAGCUUCUCGAGCUUCACGGGAAAGCAUCCCCAAUGGUGAGGUAUGAGGUCAGCCGGGUCUCAGCUAUUAUUUUUAUUGCCAUGAGCUGUGGAAGAUUGCACUGCCCUUUGGAUAUGAGAUUGAGGGUCGUUCAGAAAUGGUUUGGGCCGAUGCUUUGUGAUUUUGGGUGGCUGAGGAGGUGCAAAAAGGGCUUGGACACGCGGGCCUUGGAGGAGGCCAUGGGGCAGGCCCUGCUUACUUUGCCAUUGAAGGAGCAGUACGAGCUAUUUAUGGAAUGGUUCGGUUGUUUCUCAAGGCAUGGGACUGAGUGCCCGAAUCUUAGUAAGGCGUUUCAAAUAUGGUGGCGCAGGUCGUUUCUUAGGGGGUCGAAGUGUAGGUGA